UCGGACUUGUCAGUAAGUUGGUAUUUAGUACCAAUAAUAGUUCAACAUAGGUCCUCGCAACUCUCCUCUCUUUUCACCGACAAACCUCCCAUCCUUAAGCUCCAACCAUCGCUUUGGGUCAUUCAGAGAGAGAGAAAGAGAGAGAGCGAGCGAGUUCAAAGAGAUGUGCACGUUGGAAAAAAGAGGCAAAAUCUUCAUCCUGACGCUAACGGGCGCAGGCGAACACCGCCUAAAUCCCAUGCUUCUUGAUGAGGUCCAAUCAGCUCUACGCCGAGUCCGAGACGAGUCCAUCUCCUCCCCAUCUUCGGCUUUAAUCACCACCGCCCAAGGCAACUUCUUCUCCAAUGGCUACGAUCUUGACUGGGCCGGGUCCUCCCCAUCUCGCUCCCAACUCGUGAUCUCGAAACUCGAGUCACUUGUAGCCGAUCUCAUCUCUCUCCCCAUGCCCACCAUCGCAGCCGUCUCUGGCCACGCCUCAGCCGCCGGCUUCAUCCUCGCUCUGAGCCACGACUACAUCCUCAUGCGGAAAGACCGAGGCUUCCUUUACAUGAGCGAGCUCGACAUUAAUCGGAUAAUUCCCGCUUGGUUCGUGGCUCUGAUUGAGUGCAAGAUCGGCUCACCGAUGACUCGGCGCCACUUGGUUUUAACAGCGGCUAAGGUAACGGCUAAGGAAGCCGUGGAGAAGGGGAUUAUCGACUCGGCACACGAUAGCGCGGAGGAGACGGUCAAGGCUGCAUUAAGGUUAGGGGAGGAGUUGGUUGGAAGGGAAUGGAAUGGACACGUGUACGCUCAGAUUCGCAUGAAUCUGUUGUCUGGGGUCUUGGAUGAGAUCGCUAAGAGAAGAAGCAGUCGAUCGCGAAUGUAGGCCCCAUAUUGCUGAUUCUCGGUUACAUAUGGUGCAGUUCCUCUUAUGUAUUUUAAGCUA